UAGAGUGUAUCAUGUUGAAGAUGAGCGGGUGGCAGCGACAGAGCCAAAGUCAAAGCCGGAACCUGAGGAGAGAGUGUUCCAGAAGGAAGUGUAUCUUCAUACAUCACCACACCUGAAAGCAGGUAAGU